GUAUGUCUGAUAUGUUUUCAAAACAACAAGAAAAAAGCGAGUUGUAAAAUUUAUAGUAACAUUAAGAUUUUUUAUGAUUUGAUGCAUCUUGGUUUAAAUAAUGGCUUUAGUGACUUAUUGGUUAACUAAUUGUGUUCCUGGUGAUACUUUACAAGAGGUUCAUAUUAAAGUUUUAAAUGCUAUCUACAUAUCAACAUCCGUUCUUGGUUUAACUGGUGCAGUGGUGCAACUUCGAUACAUGUGGCAAUAUCUUAAUGCAAUACGACGAAGUCCAUCUGCUCAUCCAAAUAUUAUCUUUUACAUGGCAUUGUCUGACUUAAUAGCGUGUGUUGGAACGAUUGUACUGGCAGUCAUGUCACUCGUUUAUGGCAUGCCAAAAAUAUCUGAUGAAUCAAACAUGACAAGCAACUUUCGUUUGAUAUAUGCCAUAUGCGCAACACUGGAGGCUAUUUUAUUUGUUGGGCGCAUAGCAAGCGUAAUGUGGACUUUUAGUUUCGCAGUCGAUGUGUGUUUGCAGAUGUACGAAAUAAACUGGCCAGUGAUUUCUUAUCAUAUUUUGGCAUGGCUGUCACCAAUUGAUAUUAUUGCUGUUAUUUUAUCAUUAAAUUGGGGAUUUUGGUAUGAAACUUGUGACAACAUUCGUAACAGGAAAAUCGCCUCGAUGAUGCUGCUGAGCAUAAUUUUAUUGUUCGUUUUUCAUGCAAAUCCAGUUCUAUUCUUUAUCACGUACAAAAAAGUAAGACGUCGACUUAGAGGAACUGGAAUUUUCACCAGUGAUGAAAGAGAAAACCUAAAGAGGAUUGCCCAAAAAUUUUCUUUAAUUAUGGCUGCAUUUGCGUUUUGCUGGUUUCCUUAUGUCGUGGCCAUUGUGACUUUCUUGACUACUGAGAGAAGAUCUACAUUUCUUAUUUUCCUUUGGUAUCUUGAUGCGAUUUUCAAGCCUUUGCAGGGAUUAUUCAACUAUUUUCUUUAUCACGAAGCUUUUAGAGCUUUAAAGAAAGACCGCAACCGUCCACCUAGACUACUGAGACCGCACCCAAAUGCAAGAGAAAUUAUUGAGCAAAUGAUGGAUAAAAAGCCUUCAUAUCCCAGGAAAAUCGUUCCUAAAGAAAUAAAAAAUUACAAUUCCAUUCAGAAGUCGGACAUUUCAUUGAAGAACUCUGAGAUACCACCAUACAAAUCGAGAUUGCUUGGCGAGAGUUGAAGAAAGUAAAAAUACUUGACAAAACACGGCUUCUAUUUUCUUAAGCACGUAAUCUGUUUGCAAAAUGCAUUUACAUUGGGAUUUGAAGUUUUAUGGGAGCCAAUUUAACACCACUUAUGCAUCAAUCACUUGCCAUUGUAUUUUAUUGCUAUUUAACAGACCAUUUUUUUAAUUGAGUCACUCACAAUGCGCAAUCUUCUUGUUAUUUUAUGGGAAAUUUCAACUGUUAUUGUAGUACUAAAGGGGAGCAGACAAGAAUAAAAGCGAAAAGUGAUCUUGGUGUAUUACUAAAUAUAUUUAAAAGUGUAAUUUUGAAAAAUAUGAAAAUGUAAUUUUGGAAAAUAUUAAAAUGGAAUUUCAAA